ACUGAAACACUACACUCGGCCAUUUCCAGAAGCCACUCUCUUCUCAAUUUCUCAUUGCUCUCAGAAAUUAUGGAACAAGCCAGUACUGAAAUUCAAGCCCCAAAUCCAAACCCUAGUCGAACCCUAAACGAUAUUCCCGACGAAAUCCUGGUCCAAAUCCUCUCCUUGAUUCCGACCUUAGAGGCCAUCCACAACUCUCUCGUCUCCCGCCAAUGGCGAUCCCUCUGGUCCCGUCUCCCCUUCCUCGACUUCUCCUACCACCUCUUCCCGGUCAACGACGCCGAACCUCUCCCCGUCACGAGCCACCGCUUCGCCGAGUUCGUCGACCGCGCUCUCAUCCUCCGCCCCAAUUCUCCGAUCAAAACCUUCCGCCUCUCUUUCAUUUUCUACCACUACUACACCUCCCACGUCGACUCCUGGGUGCGCUCCGCCGUCACGCGCUUCCGGGCGCGUGAGCUCGACCUCGACUUCUUCAUCGACAAAGAGUACCAUCUCCGGAGCGAGGAAGAUCGAGCGCCGCGUGACAAGUAUGAUUUCCCUUUCUCUGUGCUGAGAAACGGGUGCGUUGAGAGUCUGAGGCUCACGUACGUUGAUCUCGCGUUGCCGGCGAGCAUGGCCACCGUGGGGAUGAGCUCGGUGAGGUCGAUGUUUCUUGAGGACGUGGAUUUGACGGACCAGAUGUGGGAGCGUUUGAUUUUGGGGUGCCCCAAUCUUGAGGAUUUGGAGCUUCAAAAUGGAGGGAUGGAUCAGAAUUUGAGGAUAUGUAGCACAAGCCUUAAGAAGCUAAAGUUUGGGUAUUUUUAUGACUGUUAUUACAAGAACACUGUUGAGAUUGAUUGCCCAAACCUUGUUUCGCUGAGUUUUGAUUGCAUUAGCUUUACUCAGUUUCGACUUAAGAAUGCAUCUUCCCUGGUCGAGUUUCAUCUUAAUAUGGUGCACCUAGAUAAGUACUAUGAUUCGUGGAGUAAGGCUGUGAAGCUGCUUGGAUCAGCGCCGAAUGUCAAGUGUGUUAAUGUGCAAAAUUGGUGGUUCAAGUUGCUGACAUCAAAGGAUUCUUUCCCAAAAACUUUUACGCUCCACAACCUCAGCCUCUUAGAGCUACGGACAGGGUAUACUCAAUAUGAUCUGGUUGGCAUGGCUGCAGUACUUGAACUUUGUCCCAAUCUUGAGACAAUGAUUCUUGAUUACCUUCACAAGAUAGAAGUUGAUGAGAGUUUACCAGAAGCGAUCUUAAAUAAACCAGUUAGAUUCAAUAUGCCAAGACUCAAGCAAGUUAAGAUGCUGAAAUUUUUUGGAUCGGAAGAUGAAAAUAAUUUUGUGACUUUGUUGAAAAAGCAAGGAGUUGUCUUACAAAAGAUUACACUUUUUCCUAUCAAAGUCGAGGGGAACUCAUCCCACCAAUAUCCUCCAAUAGUUCUAUGUGGAAACCCUCGAGAAUGUGAAGUAACAGGAUCUUCUCCUCCAUAAUAUAGUAAUAUAUACUCUGAGCUUUAGGUGGCUUAUUUAUAACUUCUUGUUCAAGUUAGGUGAUUAUUAUGGAUAUACAUUUCUACUCUGAUUGGAUCAUCUUUUAAAGUGUUAAAAUA